CAUUCAUCUCGCCGCCUUUGUGUUUCUUCGUCCAUAGCUCUUGCAGCCGUUCCAAUACAUUCAUUAUCCCAAUCCCUACCGGAAUUAAAGACCUUCCUCCCAAGCCAGCCUGUAUAUUUUGUCGCCCUGAGCUCCUCGAGUCUACCCAAACACUCAGUCUUCCAAUCCCUACCGGAAUUUAAUUUUGUCACCGAAAACUCCCCAUUUCCAUCUCAAUAGUAGUCCUUAACUAAUUCCUCGAGCUUUUCAUAUCUUGCGGCCGCUUUCGGGUUUUUGUAGAAUUGACUUGAAUGGGUUGGGGUUUAUCUGGGUUCUCACCUGCAAUGUUCUUUGUGCGAAGAGCUUUGAGAAAGACCUUUCUCUCACCGUCCAGCCUUUGUGUUUUGUCGCCAAAAAAUUAUGCAAGAAACCCCUCAUUUGCCCUGCUUUGUAUGUCUGUGCCUCCGACCUGCAGCCUCUCUCUCUCGCACUUGCCAUCUUUACCGCUCCGUAGUCUCUCUCCAGCGUCGUCCUUUACUCAAACAAUCCAGGAUAACCCUCCUCUCUCUCUUUCGUUGUUUGUCUCUCUAAGCAGCAUCUACAAAUCUUGGAUAGUGCUUAACCGGAGCCAUAUCCCCUAUUAAAAGCUCGCAAUCCAGAUCCCUAUUAAAAGUUGCUAAAAUGCCUUCCCCGCCACCUAGAAGUUCCAGCAUAUUGCAAGCAACGGUGGCUGAGUGCAGUGCAUGAAGAUUCCUUUCUUCUUCACUUAAUUUUCCCCCUCUUCUCUCUUUAUUUUAUUGAAUGAAUAUAUUAAGUUAAUCAGAUGUGUUGGUUGAUUGAACGUGGUGGGUAAAUGGUAUAAGUGUGGCACCACUGGGGUUGAAGAAAUACGAUACCCUCUCCUACCUUCCCCCAAAUGUCCAAGGAGUCGUUGGCUAACUACUUCGAUCAGGAUGAAUUCCUUGCUUGGAGUUCAAGUUGGAGGUUUGUAUCUAUCUCUUUGUGAUUUUCCUUUUCAAUUUUCAAAAGGCUGUAGGCAUAUAUGGCUAACAUGUUAGAACUCAAAUUUGUGUAUAUAUGCACCACAGUUUGUAUUGUGAGAAUCACAGAAACUCUGUUGGAUUUUCAAGUGUACUAUUCACCUAGGCUAGGAUGAAGAUGGCAAUGAAUUUUUAUGUUCAUACUGAUCCCUAAUCUCUCCCUCCAAUUUCAUUUCAUCCAAAAGAAAACAGUGUUGCUAUAUCAUUAUCCCCAUCUGCCACUUUCUCAUAAGUAUCAUGGUAAGUUACAAUCCAUAUAGCAUUUGGUUCAAUUUUUUUGAUUGGUGUGAAAGGGAGUACUAUUAUGCGACCUCAUGUGCUUCGAAAGUGUAAUGGAAUCUUCACUCUAUGUAUCCUCAUCCGAUACUUGAUUUGUAUGUCUAUUAUAUGGAUCACUUAUGUCCAUUCUUAGUCCUCAUUUAGAUAUACCUAAUCCUUCAUUGAUUUAAUUUUAGUGAGGAAUUUGCAGCACCAGCGAUGGUAUUGUCCGCAGAGUUAGUGAAAUAUGUAGAGUUUAUUAGUAUUGAGUUCUAUAGGGUGGAUUGAAGCUUUGAAUGUUGCUGGUCCCAUUGAAAUCUUAGCAAACCAUACUUUCUUCUUCUUUCCUUAUCCACAUUUCAGAUUUGUUCAACGAAAUUUAUAGCAAAGUUAAAAUCGGUGAUUCUUUUUUCAUCUUUUGCUCAUAUGGUACUUAUGGGGUAAUGUGAACAAAAACACCAGCUAAAGUCGAAGUCAGAUGCUUAUGGUAUGAUAUUAGCCUUCCAGGUUGAACUUAAAGUGAAAUGUGAGUUUGCCAAUUUAAUCAAUUUAAGGUUUCUUGAAUAUAUUGAACAUUUGCAUUUGGUUUUGAUUGAUUCAGAGUUAGGCUAUAGUCAUAAUCAACUCAAAAAGAAUCUGUCAUGGUAUUCUGGCUCUAAUUUUUGUUGGUUCUUAUAUUGCUUUCUAUGUGUUAUUUAUAGAGGUCGGAUAUUUGGCCAUAAUCACUCUUCUUUUGGUUUCCUAUCCUGCUUGAGAGAACAAGAAGUAUAUGAAAUUAGGUUGUUUCAAAGAGUAAACCAAUUUGGUUGCUGCAAACUUUGAGGAACCCUGCAAUACUAAUCCAAGUCUUUGUAAAGAGGAAGAAAAUCAAACAUUUGAUCGACUCUUACACUAAGAAAGAAGAGUAGUAUUGCUGGACCUAAGGUCCACUUUAUGAACUGUAAUUUUAGUACUUUGCAAAUGGUUGGUUUUCAGAAAAUUCAGACUUACAUUGUAAAUACUAAAUAGUUUCAGCUUUCAUGUUUUGGUUAUCCUUCUCCAUGGACAAUUGGAAUUUCAGGUUGAAAGUAGCAUGAAUUUGUGUGUACAUAAUAAUAGCAGCUAAGUUGAGUGUGUUUAUAACAACAAUAACAACUUGAAUUUAUGAGUUUAUGAUGACUGCAGUUCAUUUUGGUGUUUAAUUUUGUGACGGCGACAAAAACGGUUGAGUAGUAGUUUAGUUAAUAAACUUUAUGUACAUGAAUAACACCAGCAGCGCACCGAUCAACGGACCGGGCCCAAUUGCUAGUUGUCUAUAAAGAAUUGGUGACGGUGAAAAAUGAAAAUAAUCAUCCUUUCCUUCCCGCUAAUUUGUACAACCCGCUAGCUCAGGUUUUGCAGGAUAAUCAACCAUCCAUCCUCCCUCGCCAACGGCCCACGUUCGGACAUGAAAUCAAACCCCACUUGGGCUUUGGGGUUCCAUUCGAGAGACCACGUCUAUCUCCAACUUUCCAUUCCUAGCCGAACGCUCCACAUAUGAACGUGGCGCGCCUUGAACAAGCCAAAUCAGCACACCGAUGAGUCUCCGGCCACCUCAUGCGCCAGGUGUCAACUCAAACUCCCAUCUUCACUCGACAAGUGACAAUCCCAAACUGCAUACAAAUAAAUAAAUAGGGCCAGUUUCCUUCCUCGUGCGACUGAAACGGGACAAUAAAUUAUUAUAUAUAGAAAUGGCAGCGGCACAACAAGCCAAAUCAUCACUGCCGUCGGUGAAAGAGGAUCAGGUUACGAGGGCAGGGAGGAACCCGGCAGCUGACCGGACGACGAAACCACCCACGCAAGAUCAAGAGGGUACGGCGGCGAUUGGGAAUUCAGUGAUGGUGGAUCGUGAUUGCGAUGGCUACGAGGACGACGGCUCUGGGGACAGAGGGGAGUGUUGCGGCGGAAUCAGCCAGCCGGCGGAGCAUUUCAAGUGUUGUUCUCACCCUCCGCCUGCGCGCCCGGCUACUUAAAUUAAUGGUCUGUACUAGUACUGCGUGCGAUGUGUGGAGGUGGUGAUAUAAAUAAAUAAGCCUUUUCAUG